AUGUCACGCUUUGUCGAUUAUGAAUUAUUCAGCGAAGCGAAUACGAGAAAAAGCGAUGAAAACGAAGAAGGAGAAAAUCGUUUGACGUGGUCAUCGAUAGAUGGUAAAUCGAGAUCAUCGUCACCAGAUUUGGAAGUAAACAGUCCGGCACAUUCGUCCGAACCGGAAAUAAACGUCGAUGCUAACAGUACAUUGAGUACCGGAUCUCCAAAUCCGUGUCCUCCGACAAGAUCUGUAUCUCCGACAUCUCCGUCACCGUGGCUUUCUUCUCCCGGUGGUGAUUCUCCAAAGAAACCCGGUAAAAAUUCAGAAACGUUUUCGGUUAGUGCAUUGUUAAAACCGGAUGCUCCAAAAGUUUUACCACCGAGAACAAUUUGCGAAUCCGUUUCGGUGGCCCGAUCACUACUUUAUCCGGGUUUGAGUGGUGUACCAUUUGCGGAUUUGUUCGUGAUGAAAGGAAAUCAAAAUGGGGAAACGACUUCUUCGUCUUUUCCGUUACCGACGAGGCAAAACGAUUUCGGUUUUAAUUCUAGUUUACGUAGUUCUUCGAACAAAGAUUCCGAAGAGCUUGACAAUAACAGAAACUUUUUAGCAAAUCCAAGUGCUUUAUAUUUAAGUUUAGGAGCGAUGCAAGCCGCGGCUGCCAUCGCCCACCAAUCACAUUCGAAUACUUUACCACCUUUUAAUACGACACCUCACACUUCCAUACCGGAAGAAUUGUUUCGCAUAAAACACCAUUUUAUGAAUCCGAAUUUUCCAAUGGAUUCACCGCAUCAUCACCAUCACCAUCAUCAUCAUCACGUAUUUCGACCCGGCGGUGGACUCAUGCCUUUAGGUGAUGUUUUCUCAUGCGUUAAAUGUGAAAAAAUGUUUUCGACACCUCACGGAUUGGAAGUACACGCACGAAGGUCACACAAUGGGAAAAGACCUUUUGCAUGCGAACUUUGUAACAAAACGUUCGGACACGAAAUAAGUUUAAGUCAGCACAGAGCAGUUCACAACGUGGAAAAAAUAUUUGAAUGUAAACAAUGUGGAAAAUCGUUUAAAAGGUCAUCGACGUUAUCAACCCAUUUACUUAUACAUUCGGACACGAGGCCAUAUCCGUGUCACUAUUGCGGUAAAAGAUUUCAUCAAAAAUCCGACAUGAAAAAACACACGUACAUACACACGGGUGAAAAACCUCACAAAUGUCAGGUUUGUGGAAAAGCAUUUAGUCAAUCGUCAAAUCUCAUAACUCAUAGUCGUAAACAUACAGGAUUUAAACCUUUUGCGUGUGAUUUAUGCGGUCGUGCAUUUCAAAGAAAAGUCGAUUUAAGAAGACACAAAGAAACUCAACAUGCCGAAUUAAGGCCCGUACCUUAA